CUUAUAUUGGUGCAGAAGCUACUGUCCAUCACUCGGGCACAGGUGCACAAUGCGGCUUCUCUCCACGCAUUUACAGGACGUUGGAACGACAAAGAGGCUUUAUCCAUCGUAUUGAACGAAUCGGACUUGGAGGAGACGUUUAUCUGUGGCUGGGGACCCGGUGGACAAGCUAUUAACAAGACUGCCAAUUGCGUCCGUCUCAAACACCUUCCCACAGGAAUCUGCAUCAAAUGUCAGGCGAGUGACUUGGAUCUGCAUGCGAAUCGAAUUAUCGCCAGAAAGCGAUUAGAGGAGCGAUUGGAUGAGUAUUUUAAUGGCGACAGCAGCGCAGGUGCGGUGCGUCGUAAGGAGGCCCAGAAAAAGGAGAAUAAUCGCUACUCUCGAGCAAAAAGGCGGCUGGAAAUGAAGGCGGCUUUCAAAGCAAAGUGUCCCGAGGAUCGCCGAUCAUCAGACUAG